AUGUCCAAUUUCCACGACCCGCUUUCGGUAGCUUUGCCCUACCAGUUCCAAACUCAGGACGACUACCCGACGGAAAUUGUUGCUCGCAGAUUCCAGGCGUGGCGUUCCAUUUUGAAGGACUUGAUUGCUUACCUUAGGCUGUAUGCGUCGGUCCAGGAAGAGAUCUUGAGACAACAGGCCCGCUUGCAGCAAGCUGUGGGCACUUCCACCACCGUGGCGUCUUCCAGCGGCUCAACCUCUGUUGGAAGGGCUGGAAGCAAUCCCAAUAAGGAUAAGAGGUGGCAGGACGACCUCCAGGCUAUCAACGAGUUCUUCUUGCCCAUCGGCAACGGCUCAAUUCAAGAUAUCCCCACGAUUCUAACGCAGUUUCAUCAGAAAAAUAUCGAAAACGGAACGAAAACUUUGAAAGAAAUCCAGUCGGUGAUCAUUCCUAAGUUGGAGGAGUUUAGAAAAGAUUUGGUGCUCAAGAUCAAGGAGAUCAGGAAAUUGCAGAACGAUUUCAAGAAUACCCUUGCGCGUGACCUACAAGACUCCAGUUCUCUUUUGAGUAAAUUCUACCAUGCAAUCGAUAUUGCCAAUCGUCACGAGUUGAUGACUGCGUCGGGUGAGCCUGUUGGCCACUCUCACGACUCCCACAAUGAGCUUGAUUCCACGAAAAGAGACCCCUACUUGGUGAAGCUUAAGCUCAAAGAGCAGCUCAACAGGCAGCUUAAUGAAGAGCGCUAUCUCUACGACGCAUACGCAAACUUGCAGACUUCUUCCCAGAAGCUAGAAGAAAUUGUGUUUGAAGAAGUCCAACUGUGUCUCUUAAUUUUUUUGAACCUUGUUCAAAACGAGCAUUCAACUAUUCCAAACUUUCUUGUGCCAAGUUUCACCGAGGGUUUCCUCGCCAAGGAGAAGCUGUUUGAGUGGAACUCAUUCAUUGACCGUAACUUGCCAAAAACGUCGUCUAUUUCGAAAAAUCUUCUGUCUGGAAGAUUCAUUGAUUUAUCAUUUCCAGCCAGAAAGUUGCCAGACUUAAACAUCCCUCACUUCAAUUCCUUGGUCAACGUUCCGAUUAGAGAAGGAAUCCUCGAAAGAAGGUCAAAGUUUUUGAACAAAUACUCUAGCGGUUGGUAUGUCUUGACUUGCAGCUACCUCCAUGAGUUCAAAACGAAUGACAGAAAGCGUGAUCCCCACCCGGUGAUGUCCCUUGCAUUGGACACAUGUUCUGUCGACAAGCAUACUAAAAAGGACGACUCGAAGCUGUUGGGCUCUUACAAAUUUAUCUUGUACUCCAAACAGCAAAAUGGUAUCAUACAUAGGGGUCACAACUGGUCAUUUAAGUGCAGCACGUACGAUGAAAUGAUCCUGUGGUUCAAUGAUAUCAAGCAGCUUACCCAAUUAGCAUCUCCUAGUGCAAGAGCCAAGGCUUUCAGCAAAGUUCUUCAAGCAAAGGUGGACGAGAUCAACAAUAAGAGGUUAUCGAGAACAUCCAGCGUUCUUUCUGCUCAGACUGGUCCUGGUGCCCGGUCCGUGAAGUCUAACGCUACCAAUGUUUCGAGAGCUCGCAACGCGUUGAGUCCAUCACAGUCUUUGAGAUCUAAAGCAAUGUCGCAUAGUGCUUCCGCGGCUUCAACUGGCCAGAAUCAGCGCUUGUCAUCGACUUUUUCUCAAAAGAACUAUCAUCAAUCUCCUAAGCUUACAAACUUGAUUAACAGUGAUGGCACUAUUGUUACUCCCGUUGACACAAAUCAGGGAGACAAUUACAAGCAACAGGAGCAUGGUGAUACUACCCUCACAGGCCAGACAAGCGAGUUCGGACACGAUAAAAAUCCCGACAAUACCAAUGAUCAAUAUUCUCAGUACGUGAACCCUGCGGCGUCCAUACCGAACGGGACCUCAUCAGCAAAUCCUCAGGGAACACCCCAGCAAUUCAUUCCUCAAAACUAUCAAUAUUACUUUAGUCAGGUGAAUCCGCAACCCCAGCAACAGCAAUUUUAUGACCCUGUUACGCAGCAGUUCUUCACUAUAAAUGCCAUACCUGCGUCUCAAGUACCAGGUGGUCCUCAGGGACAGUCAUCACAACAGCUGCAAACGGGGCGUACCCCUGUUCAGGGCCAGCCAAUGCCUCAGUAUUUCCCACUGUCCCCACAGACGCAACCACAGGCACAAUACUUCCCAACAUCGCCUAGCUUCCAGCCUCAAAUAAUUUAG